AUGUCCGAUGUCUUGAAUUUUGCUGCAACAGAAGCGCAAGAUUUCUUGAAUGAGCAAAAGUUUCUUCUCUCUGACGGAGCAUGGGGAACGGAUCUGAAACCAAACAACAUCUUUGUCACAACGAAGUUCGUGCUGAAAGUCGGAGAUUUCGGCAGUGCAAAAAUGUGUGAUGCAACAAUGUCCGCCGCAGAUAGUGGAGGAACUUAUCGUUACAUGUGCCUGGAGCAAUUCAAUGGAAAAGUCUCAAUUCGAAACGACGUCUAUAGUAUUGGCUUGGUCUCGUGGGAAAUUGUUGAAAGAAGAAAAGUUUUCUCUAUCUACGGACACCGGAAUUUUGAGCAUCAGCGCUUUUUUCGAGAACUUGUGGAAGGAAAAGUAAAGUUAGAACAACCCGAAUGCCCGAGUGAUCUUCAGGAGUUGAUUCAGAGAGCCAUCGUCUUUGACCAUCAAAAGCGACUUUACCCGGGAGAGCUCUUAGCAAAUUUGAAUCUAAUCAAAACGAAGGACGAACAAGACUUCAUCAAGAUCCUCGAGACACAAGAAAGUCUGAUCCGACCGAUUGGUUUCGAUAAAACAAUGAAUUGGAUGGUUUGCAAAAAGGAUCCAUUCGAAGAACCACAGAAAAAAGUCUCAAAAGAAGACUGUUCACAAUGGAAUUCUAUUUGCGGGAACAAGGAGAAUCAAAAAAGGAAUCGAGUCAAAUUUGAACUUGGAGAUGAUCUCUAUCAACUCGACGAUCCCCCACACUCAAUUUGCCAUCAUGACAGAAAAUGUCCGAAAAUUGGUGGAGUUCCAUGGGAAAGCCCUGAAGAUGCGCAAAUCCCCUUCUACGAAUGCACAAGUCAAGAAGAUAUCGAUCGAAUCAAAGCCUACUCAUUGAUCACUCAGAUUUUCCAUUUCAGACAACGCUAUCGCUCCUUUCGACGAACAAAUCUCUCUAAUGGGGCUGAUAAAGUAAAAAGAGAUAAGGACAAUAUUCUCAGCGAUGAUGAGCUCAAACAUUUCAAUGAUUUUAAUGCUAAAUUUCACCGAACUUGUGCAGAUGAGACUCCGAAAUGCAAGGAACAAAAGCUUAAUUUUGCCAAGAAUCUUGCAAAACUCAGAAGAAUCAAAGAGCAAACAAAGGAAAAGAGCUUUGUUGUUGGGCUCCAUCCAUUUAUGGAUGAAUCGGAAAAGGAGAUGAGAAAGAGAUUGAUGGACAAAGAAAUCAUGCCUAAAUCGAUUGGAAUGAAGCAAAUUCAGAGGUCACCGGAAGGAGCAAAGGCAAAGAUUAACCCAUCUUCUUUUGACUGGAGAAACACUGGAGCCGUCAACCCUGUGAAAGACCAAAAACAGUGUGGAUCAUGCUGGGCUUUCUCAACAAUCGCUACAGUUGAAACCAUUGAUAACUAUGUGCAUUGCCGUGACACUACCGAAAGUCGGGUCUCCUAUUCUGAACAGAUGGUAAUGGAUUGUACAUAUUAUAACGCUUCGGUUCCUGAGAAAGAACAAUAUGAUGGAUGUGAUGGUGGUUGGCCAUCAUCGGCACUCAAACGCAUCAUGAUCACUGGCACAGAAACAGAAAAGCAAGACCACUACUUGGCUGGAAAAGGAGUUUGUCCAUUAGGACUUGCGGAAAAGAAACGACCGGUGGCCGCGCAUCCGAUCUCCAAUUGGGCAAACCUCACCGGAGAUGUUGAUGCGAUGGUCGACUUCAUUGCCAACAAGGCUCCAUUUGCCUUUUGCAUGAUGAUUUGUGAAGACUUUUUCGGGUAUCAAUCCGGUGUCUAUGAUAGCACGAACUGCACUGAAGAUAAUGCUGUUGGUGGACAUGCUGUUGCUGUGAUGGGAUACGGGACUACUGAUACUGGAAUCGAUUAUUGGCUUGUCCGAAACUCUUGGGGACCUACAUGGGGAGAAGAUGGUUACUUCAGGAUUCGAAGAGGAACUAAUGUAGCUGGUUGUGAGGAUUCGAAUGUCGCUGGUCCGAUUCCGGUCGAUUCACGUGAUUGUCCCAAUAAUAAAUUGCAUCGGGCACAUCACCAUAUCAAUCCUCAUACACAACAGGAUUUUGUUUUGAUU